CCUCUACCUCUACCUUUGCCCCUGCCUCGCAUUGUGCUCAGCAGACCUCUCCACCACCAUGUCGGGCAUCAGGGUACUGCUGCAGAAAAUCCUGAUCCUUCUGCAGGUUACUCUGUCUGUUGUGGUGGGCAAAACACUGAUGAUACUGUUCCCCAAUGCCAUGAAAAGAUACAUCCUGAAGAUGGGCGAAAAGAGCAGAAUGAACAGGAAUCCGAAGUUCAGCUAUGAAAACUGGGGCCCCACUUUUUUCAGCUUCAAGUAUUUGCAGUUUGUGCUGAAGGUGAAGUGGAAGAGGCUGGAGGAUGAAGCCUACGAGGGACACCCUGCUCCCAACACGCCCGUGGUGACCCUCGGAGGGGAAGUUUGUCACCUCCUGGAUUUCAUGAAAGAUAACCGACCUUUAAUCCUGAACUUUGGAAGCUGCACCUGACCUUCAUUUAUGCUGAAAUUUGAUGAGUUCAACCAGCUUAUCAAAGAUUUCAGCUCAAUAGCAGAUUUCCUUAUCAUCUACAUUGAGGAAGCUCAUGCAGUAGAUGGAUGGGCUUUUAAAAACAAUGUCAUUAUUAAAAAUCACAGAAGCCUUGAAGAUCGAAAAAUUGCAGCACAACUUCUUCAGAAAAAUCACCCUCUGUGUCCAGUGGUUUUGGACACUAUGGAGAACCUGAGCAGCUCUAAAUACGCUGCACUGCCAGAGCGACUCUACAUGCUGCAGGGAGGGAAGGUCAUCUACAAGGGAGGAGUGGGGCCUUGGAAUUACCACCCCCAGGAAAUACGUGCCAUCCUGGAAAAACUGAAAUAGAAAAGGAAGAGGACUUCGAAGCCAAAACUAUUUGGAUAAAGAAGUUCAAGAAUAGUAACUUACUACUCUUAUCCCACAUGCAGUAAUGUGGGAGCUGGGUCCAUUGAGCUCUGGAUACCAACACUUACACUUGUAAGGAAUUUCCUGCAGGAUGAACUUCAGGGUGGUGACAUUUGCAAGAGUCCACCAGCAUGCAAAGCAACUGAUUUCACAUUAAUAUACACAUUGCACUUGUGUAUAUGAAAUGUUCCCGUUCAGUGACUUCAGGAGGCUUCUGAGCAAGACAAUCUCAAUCAACAUCUGUUUCCAUGAAUAUUUGUUAUGAUGGUCCCAGCUUAAAGCACUGGCGGCUGUGACCUGAUUCUAGAAAAUAUUUAUAGAAACAAGGGGUUGAUCUACAAUUAUUAAAAGUCUAUCAAAACACUUCAUUUGACUUCAGAUUAUUUCCCUUCCUGCCCUGCCUCUCUCCCCCAGGUUAUUUCUAAGCAUUAGCAGGUAUUUAUAUUCAUUCUAAUAAUCUCUGAGUUUGAGCUGAGCAGAAACAUACCAAUUUAAGGACUUUUGAAGGACUUGUUUGACAGUAGGAAGUAAUACAUCCCACUUAAGUAGCUCACACUUUUUUUUUCUAUUUAAUUCAGAGUGCAAGGGAAACAUUUUAUAGGAAAUUGAGUUUUAAUUAAUGUAUUAUGUAAGCCUGACAUAAAUAUACUACCUUAAAUGGACUCAGUUAUGUUCAGGUGUCCUAGGCUGACAGUUUAGGUAACAAAAUGAAAAAGCUGUUACUACAAUUAACAACUGCACUGUGUUGUGGUUGGACUUGAUCAUCCUAAAAGUCUUUUCCAACCUAAAUGAUUCCAUAUUCUCCUAUUCUAUU